AUGUGCCAGAAAGUGAAAAGAAAAGCAGUCAGCGCUCCACCUGCUCUCUCUCCCUCACCACCUGCUCUCUCUCCCUCACCACCUGCUCUCUCUCCCUCACCACCUGCUCUCUCCCCCUCACCACCUGCUCUCUCCCCCUCACCACCUGCUCUCUCUCCCUCACCACCUGCUCUCUCUCCCUCACCACCUGCUCUCUCUCCCUCACCACCUGCUCUCUCUCCCUCACCACCUGCUCUCUCUCCCUCACCACCUGCUCUCUCUCCCUCACCACCUGCUCUCUCUCCCUCACCACCUGCUCUCUCCCCCUCACCACCUGCUCUCUCCCCCUCACCACCUGCUCUCUCCCCCUCACCACCUGCUCUCUCUCCCUCACCACCUGCUCUCUCUCCCUCACCACCUGCUCUCUCUCCCUCACCACCUGCUCUCUCUCCCUCACCACCUGCUCUCUCCCCCUCACCACCUGCUCUCUCCCCCUCACCACCUGCUCUCUCUCCCUCACCACCUGCUCUCUCUCCCUCACCACCUGCUCUCUCUCCCUCACCACCUGCUCUCUCUCCCUCACCACCUGCUCUCUCUCCCUCACCACCUGCUCUCUCUCCCUCACCACCUGCUCUCUCUCCCUCACCACCUGCUCUCUCUCCCUCACCACCUGCUCUCUCUCCCUCACCACCUGCUCUCUCUCCCUCACCACCUGCUCUCUCUCCCUCACCACCUGCUCUCUCUCCCUCACCACCUGCUCUCUCUCCCUCACCACCUGCUCUCUCUCCCUCACCACCUGCUCUCUCUCCCUCACCACCUGCUCUCUCUCCCUCACCACCUGCUCUCUCUCCCUCACCACCUGCUCUCUCCCCCUCACCACCUGCUCUCUCUCCCUCACCACCUGCUCUCUCUCCCUCACCACCUGCUCUCUCCCCCUCACCACCUGCUCUCUCUCCCUCACCACCUGCUCUCUCUCCCUCACCACCUGCUCUCUCCCCCUCACCAGCUGCUCUCUCUCCCUCACCACCUGCUCUCUCUCCCUCACCACCUGCUCUCUCUCCCUCACCACCUGCUCUCUCUCCCUCACCACCUGCUCUCUCUCCCUCACCACCUGCUCUCUCUCCCUCACCACCUGCUCUCUCCCCCUCACCACCUGCUCUCUCUCCCUCACCACCUGCUCUCUCUCCCUCACCACCUGCUCUCUCCCCCUCACCACCUGCUCUCUCUCCCUCACCACCUGCUCUCUCUCCCUCACCACCUGCUCUCUCUCCCUCACCACCUGCUCUCUCCCCCUCACCACCUGCUCUCUCCCCCUCACCACCUGCUCUCUCUCCCUCACCACCUGCUCUCUCUCCCUCACCACCUGCUCUCUCUCCCUCACCACCUGCUCUCUCUCCCUCACCACCUGCUCUCUCUCCCUCACCACCUGCUCUCUCUCCCUCACCACCUGCUCUCUCCCCCUCACCACCUGCUCUCUCCCCCUCACCACCUGCUCUCUCCCCCUCAACACCUGCUCUCUCCCCCUCACCACCUGCUCUCUCUCCCUCACCACCUGCUCUCUCCCCCUCACCACCUGCUCUCUCUCCCUCACCACCUGCUCUCUCUCCCUCACCACCUGCUCUCUCUCCCUCACCACCUGCUCUCUCCCCCUCACCACCUGCUCUCUCCCCCUCACCACCUGCUCUCUCCCCCUCACCACCUGCUCUCUCUCCCUCACCACCUGCUCUCUCUCCCUCACCACCUGCUCUCUCUCCCUCACCACCUGCUCUCUCCCCCUCACCACCUGCUCUCUCCCCUCACCACCUGCUCUCUCCCCUCACCACCUGCUCUCUCUCCCUCACCACCUGCUCUCUCUCCCUCACCACCUGCUCUCUCUCCCUCACCACCUGCUCUCUCUCCCUCACCACCUGCUCUCUCUCCCUCACCACCUGCUCUCUCUCCCUCACCACCUGCUCUCUCUCCCUCACCACCUGCUCUCUCUCCCUCACCACCUGCUCUCUCCCCCUCACCACCUGCUCUCUCCCCCUCACCACCUGCUCUCUCUCCCUCACCACCUGCUCUCUCUCCCUCACCACCUGCUCUCUCUCCCUCACCACCUGCUCUCUCUCCCUCACCACCUGCUCUCUCUCCCUCACCACCUGCUCUCUCUCCCUCACCACCUGCUCUCUCUCCCUCACCACCUGCUCUCUCUCCCUCACCACCUGCUCUCUCUCCCUCACCACCUGCUCUCUCUCCCUCACCACCUGCUCUCUCUCCCUCACCACCUGCUCUCUCUCCCUCACCACCUGCUCUCUCUCCCUCACCACCUGCUCUCUCUCCCUCACCACCUGCUCUCUCCCCCUCACCACCUGCUCUCUCCCCCUCACCACCUGCUCUCUCUCCCUCACCACCUGCUCUCUCUCCCUCACCACCUGCUCUCUCUCCCUCACCACCUGCUCUCUCUCCCUCACCACCUGCUCUCUCCCCCUCACCACCUGCUCUCUCCCCCUCACCACCUGCUCUCUCUCCCUCACCACCUGCUCUCUCUCCCUCACCACCUGCUCUCUCCCCCUCACCACCUGCUCUCUCUCCCUCACCACCUGCUCUCUCUCCCUCACCACCUGCUCUCUCUCCCUCACCACCUGCUCUCUCUCCCUCACCACCUGCUCUCUCUCCCUCACCACCUGCUCUCUCUCCCUCACCACCUGCUCUCUCCCCCUCACCACCUGCUCUCUCUCCCUCACCACCUGCUCUCUCUCCCUCACCACCUGCUCUCUCCCCCUCACCACCUGCUCUCUCUCCCUCACCACCUGCUCUCUCUCCCUCACCACCUGCUCUCUCUCCCUCACCACCUGCUCUCUCCCCCUCACCACCUGCUCUCUCCCCCUCACCACCUGCUCUCUCUCCCUCACCACCUGCUCUCUCUCCCUCACCACCUGCUCUCUCUCCCUCACCACCUGCUCUCUCUCCCUCACCACCUGCUCUCUCUCCCUCACCACCUGCUCUCUCUCCCUCACCACCUGCUCUCUCCCCCUCACCACCUGCUCUCUCCCCCUCACCACCUGCUCUCUCCCCCUCAACACCUGCUCUCUCCCCCUCACCACCUGCUCUCUCUCCCUCACCACCUGCUCUCUCCCCCUCACCACCUGCUCUCUCUCCCUCACCACCUGCUCUCUCUCCCUCACCACCUGCUCUCUCUCCCUCACCACCUGCUCUCUCCCCCUCACCACCUGCUCUCUCCCCCUCACCAUCUGCUCUCUCCCCCUCACCACCUGCUCUCUCUCCCUCACCACCUGCUCUCUCUCCCUCACCACCUGCUCUCUCUCCCUCACCACCUGCUCUCUCCCCCUCACCACCUGCUCUCUCCCCCUCACCACCUGCUCUCUCUCCCUCACCACCUGCUCUCUCUCCCUCACCACCUGCUCUCUCUCCCUCACCACCUGCUCUCUCUCCCUCACCACCUGCUCUCUCUCCCUCACCACCUGCUCUCUCUCCCUCACCACCUGCUCUCUCUCCCUCACCACCUGCUCUCUCUCCCUCACCACCUGCUCUCUCCCCUCACCACCUGCUCUCUCCCCCUCACCACCUGCUCUCUUUCCCUCACCACCUGCUCUCUCUCCCUCACCACCUGCUCUCUCUCCCUCACCACCUGCUCUCUCUCCCUCACCACCUGCUCUCUCUCCCUCACCACCUGCUCUCUCUCCCUCACCACCUGCUCUCUCUCCCUCACCACCUGCUCUCUCUCCCUCACCACCUGCUCUCUCUCCCUCACCACCUGCUCUCUCUCCCUCACCACCUGCUCUCUCUCCCUCACCACCUGCUCUCUCUCCCUCACCACCUGCUCUCUCUCCCUCACCACCUGCUCUCUCUCCCUCACCACCUGCUCUCUCCCCCUCACCACCUGCUCUCUCCCCCUCACCACCUGCUCUCUCUCCCUCACCACCUGCUCUCUCUCCCUCACCACCUGCUCUCUCUCCCUCACCACCUGCUCUCUCUCCCUCACCACCUGCUCUCUCCCCCUCACCACCUGCUCUCUCCCCCUCACCACCUGCUCUCUCCCCCUCACCACCUGCUCUCUCCCCCUCACCACCUGCUCUCUCCCCCUCACCACCUGCUCUCUCCCCCUCACCACCUGCUCUCUCCCCCUCACCACCUGCUCUCUCCCCCUCACCACCUGCUCUCUCCCCCUCACCACCUGCUCUCUCCCCCUCACCACCUGCUCUCUCCCCCUCACCACCUGCUCUCUCCCCCUCACCACCUGCUCUCUCCCCCUCACCACCUGCUCUCUCCCCCUCACCACCUGCUCUCUCCCCCUCACCACCUGCUCUCUCCCCCUCACCACCUGCUCUCUCCCCCUCACCACCUGCUCUCUCUCCCUCACCACCUGCUCUCUCUCCCUCACCACCUGCUCUCUCUCCCUCACCACCUGCUCUCUCCCCCUCACCACCUGCUCUCUCCCCCUCACCACCUGCUCUCUCUCCCUCACCACCUGCUCUCUCUCCCUCACCACCUGCUCUCUCUCCCUCACCACCUGCUCUCUCUCCCUCACCACCUGCUCUCUCUCCCUCACCACCUGCUCUCUCUCCCUCACCACCUGCUCUCUCUCCCUCACCACCUGCUCUCUCUCCCUCACCACCUGCUCUCUCCCCCUCACCACCUGCUCUCUCCCCCUCACCACCUGCUCUCUCUCCCUCACCACCUGCUCUCUCUCCCUCACCACCUGCUCUCUCUCCCUCACCACCUGCUCUCUCUCCCUCACCACCUGCUCUCUCUCCCUCACCACCUGCUCUCUCUCCCUCACCACCUGCUCUCUCUCCCUCACCACCUGCUCUCUCUCCCUCACCACCUGCUCUCUCUCCCUCACCACCUGCUCUCUCUCCCUCACCACCUGCUCUCUCUCCCUCACCACCUGCUCUCUCUCCCUCACCACCUGCUCUCUCUCCCUCACCACCUGCUCUCUCUCCCUCACCACCUGCUCUCUCUCCCUCACCACCUGCUCUCUCCCCCUCACCACCUGCUCUCUCCCCCUCACCACCUGCUCUCUCUCCCUCACCACCUGCUCUCUCUCCCUCACCACCUGCUCUCUCCCCCUCACCACCUGCUCUCUCCCCCUCACCACCUGCUCUCUCUCCCUCACCACCUGCUCUCUCUCCCUCACCACCUGCUCUCUCUCCCUCACCACCUGCUCUCUCUCCCUCACCACCUGCUCUCUCUCCCUCACCACCUGCUCUCUCUCCCUCACCACCUGCUCUCUCUCCCUCACCACCUGCUCUCUCUCCCUCACCACCUGCUCUCUCUCCCUCACCACCUGCUCUCUCUCCCUCACCACCUGCUCUCUCUCCCUCACCACCUGCUCUCUCUCCCUCACCACCUGCUCUCUCUCCCUCACCACCUGCUCUCUCUCCCUCACCACCUGCUCUCUCCCCCUCACCACCUGCUCUCUCCCCCUCACCACCUGCUCUCUCUCCCUCACCACCUGCUCUCUCUCCCUCACCACCUGCUCUCUCUCCCUCACCACCUGCUCUCUCUCCCUCACCACCUGCUCUCUCCCCCUCACCACCUGCUCUCUCCCCCUCACCACCUGCUCUCUCCCCCUCACCACCUGCUCUCUCCCCCUCACCACCUGCUCUCUCCCCCUCACCACCUGCUCUCUCCCCCUCACCACCUGCUCUCUCCCCCUCACCACCUGCUCUCUCCCCCUCACCACCUGCUCUCUCCCCCUCACCACCUGCUCUCUCCCCCUCACCACCUGCUCUCUCCCCCUCACCACCUGCUCUCUCCCCCUCACCACCUGCUCUCUCCCCCUCACCACCUGCUCUCUCCCCCUCACCACCUGCUCUCUCCCCCUCACCACCUGCUCUCUCCCCCUCACCACCUGCUCUCUCCCCCUCACCACCUGCUCUCUCCCCCUCACCACCUGCUCUCUCCCCCUCACCACCUGCUCUCUCCCCCUCACCACCUGCUCUCUCCCCCUCACCACCUGCUCUCUCCCCCUCACCACCUGCUCUCUCCCCCUCACCACCUGCUCUCUCCCCCUCACCACCUGCUCUCUCCCCCUCACCACCUGCUCUCUCCCCCUCACCACCUGCUCUCUCCCCCUCACCACCUGCUCUCUCCCCCUCACCACCUGCUCUCUCCCCCUCACCACCUGCUCUCUCCCCCUCACCACCUGCUCUCUCCCCCUCACCACCUGCUCUCUCCCCCUCACCACCUGCUCUCUCCCCCUCACCACCUGCUCUCUCCCCCUCACCACCUGCUCUCUCCCCCUCACCACCUGCUCUCUCCCCCUCACCACCUGCUCUCUCCCCCUCACCACCUGCUCUCUCCCCCUCACCACCUGCUCUCUCCCCCUCACCACCUGCUCUCUCCCCCUCACCACCUGCUCUCUCCCCCUCACCACCUGCUCUCUCCCCCUCACCACCUGCUCUCUCCCCCUCACCACCUGCUCUCUCCCCCUCACCACCUGCUCUCUCCCCCUCACCACCUGCUCUCUCCCCCUCACCACCUGCUCUCUCCCCCUCACCACCUGCUCUCUCCCCCUCACCACCUGCUCUCUCCCCCUCACCACCUGCUCUCUCCCCCUCACCACCUGCUCUCUCCCCCUCACCACCUGCUCUCUCCCCCUCACCACCUGCUCUCUCCCCCUCACCACCUGCUCUCUCCCCCUCACCACCUGCUCUCUCCCCCUCACCACCUGCUCUCUCCCCCUCACCACCUGCUCUCUCCCCCUCACCACCUGCUCUCUCCCGCAUUACCAUGUGUGCUCCCUCCCAUGAGAGGCAGGAACCGUGCCACCCUCUCGUGCACUAA